AUGGCGCUACAAGUGGUGCAGGCGGUGCAGGCGGUUCAUCUGGAGUCGGAUGCUUUCCUAGUUUGUCUUAACCAGGCUCUGAGCACAGAGAAGGAGGAGGUGAUGGGGCUGUGCAUCGGGGAAUUGAAUGAUGACCCAAGGAGUGACCCCAAAUUUACAUAUACUGGAACUGAAAUGCACACAGUUGCUGAAAAGGUUCACAUCGUCAGAAUUGUUCACAUUCAUUCUGUCAUCAUCUUGCAACGUUCCGAUAAGAGGAAGGAUCGAGUGGAAAUUUCUCCAGAGCAGCUGUCUGCAGCCUCGACAGAGGCAAAGAGGUUGGCUGAACUAACUGGUCGCCCCAUGAGAGUUGUGGGCUGGUAUCAUUCCCAUCCCCAUAUAACUGUUUGGCCUUCACAUGUCGAUGUUCGUACACAAGCCAUGUACCAGAUGAUGGAUCAAUGCUUUGUAGGACUUAUAUUUUCCUGUUUCAUAGAAGAUAAACAUGCAAAGACUAGACGGGUACUCUACACUUGCUUUCCAUCUAUACAGGCCCAAAAGAGCUCAGAGUCCUCUCAUGGUCCACGAGACUUCUGGAGCUCCAGCCAGCACAUCUCCAUUGAGGGCCAGAAGGAAGAGGAAAGGUAUGAGGGAGCUGAAAUUCCAAUUCAUAUUGUGCCUCAUGUGGCCAUCAGGAAAGUGUACCUGGAGUCGGCAGUUGAGCUGCCCAAGAUCCUAUGCCAGGAGGAGCAGGACGCGUACCGGCAGAUCCACAGCCUUACACAUCUGGACUCAGCAACCAAGAUCCAUAAUGGCUCAGUGUUUACCAAGAAUCUGUGCAGUCAGAUGUCAGCAGUCAGUGGGCCUCUACUACAGUGGUUGGAGGACAGACUGGAGUAAAACCAACAGCAUUUGCAGGAGUUGCAACAAGAAAAGGAAGAGCUUAUGCAAGAACUUUCUUCUCUAGAAUAAAGCAGGAGACAAAAUGGGGAAGGAUGAAAAUAUGCAGGUAUAAAAUUAAGCUAAAUCAAUUUUGAAGAAGAAAAAUUUGGAGGACUCACAUUGCCUGACUUCAAGACUUACUAUAAAGCUACAGUAAUCAAGCCAGUGUAGUAUAUGCCCAGUUAAUUUUGACAAAAGUACAAAAACAAUGCAACAGAGGAAGGAUAGUCUUUUCAACAAAUGAUGCUGGUGCACUUGGCAAAGAAAAUGAACUUUGACCAAAACUGCACACCUUCUACACAGAUUAACUGAAAAUGUACCAUGAACUUAGAUGUAAGAUGUAAAACU